GCAACAAGUACAGAUACCCUAAACAGCAUUGCACUGAAAUUUAACAUUACUCCCAAUAAACUUGUGGAAAUUAACAAGCUGUUCAGUCACAUGAUUUUGCCAGGACAGGUGCUGUAUGUACCAAUCUGUGAACCCUAUGCCAGUGUAAAAGAAUCCAAUUCUGGUGUUCUCACUUCUCCUGUGUCAUCAGAUGCAGAGUAUGAUAAACUUCUGGACGCAGACUUGGCAAGAAAAGCCUCAAAACCAAUAGAAAGAGUCUUCUCGUCAACAUCAGAAGAAGAGGAGGCCACAGAAGUAAAGUUUCUGAAAAUGAAUUGUAGAUACAUCACAGAUGGAAAGGGUGUUGUUGGUGGAGUAAUGAUAGUCACACCGAACAAUGUGAUGUUUGAUCCCCAUAAAUCUGAUCCACUGGUCAUUGAGAAUGGCUGCGAGGAGUAUGGUCUUAUCUGUCCAAUGGAAGAAGUAGUGUCCAUUGCACUUUACAGUGAUAUUUCACACAUGAAGAUAAAAGAUGCACUGCCAUCGCCUGGGGAGUGGGAGGACCUCUCCUCAGAAAAGGACAUCAAUCCAUUCAGCAAGUUUAAGUCCAUGAAUAAAGGGAAAAGGCAGGAUGGGGUUACUGCUGUGGAGGACAGGAAGAUGAUGGAAACAGAUGCAGGCACUGAACCAGAUACAACUAAGCAACUUGACAAUACACCGACUGUACAACUAAAUGUGACUGAAGCUGACACAAAGGAUACUAAAAGGUCCAAUGAAAUCAUUCUGAGCUCUAAUCCCAAAAAAUCUGACCAGUCCCCCACCGAAGAUGAUUUUAUUGAAUUGGUCGAGACUUUAGUCCAGCAGAAUGACAAUCAAAUUUGUCACCAGUCAGAGGGAACGGUAGUGUCGUCUGGGACUGAAGAUUCCAGGAUAUCAAACUCUGCUUUUACCCAGGAAGAUCUGAACUUUAAUGAGACCACAGACUCUGUAGAUAGAACAAAUACUGAGGGUGUCAUGCAUGAGCCAUCACCUGAUCACAAGAACUUGAUUGAUACCAAAAAUAUAGAACUUUGUCUAAGUCCUACUAAAGACAAAAACUCUACCCCAACGGAUUGUGUCAACUCGGAGUCCUGUGACGCUAUUAAUAAUGUGCCACAAAGUGAAGCAUCUAUCUGUACCAACUCAAACUCUGAUAAGACUAGUGAAUCCACUGCUGCUAGUUUAAAUACAGAGAAAGCCCAAUCAAAGUUAAGCCAUGCCUCAGAUGAAUCUCCAGAUUCUUUGUCACCUUGUUCACCUGAAGACAAUAGCAAGAAGGAGGCCCAGAUGGACAGCGAGUCUGAAUUAAAGAUGUGGUUACUGAAGAGGAUGCAAGGACCAAUAGAAGAUAUGCUGCCCUCCAAGGAAGAAAAGAGCAAAAAUCCACCUAUGUUUCUGUGCAUUAAAGUAGGCAAACCAAUGAGGAAAUCUUUUGCCACACAAACUACAACUAUGGUACAACAAUAUGACCGGAAAAGAAAGCAACCUGAAUAUUGGUUUGCAGUCCCACAAGAGAGGGUGGAUCACCUCUACACGUUCUUUCUCCAGUGGUCUCCAGAGGUGUAUGGGAAGGAUGCAAAAGAGCAAGGCUUUGUGGUGGUAGAUAAAGAGGAACUGAAUAUGAUUGACAACUUUUUUAGUGACCCCUCUACCAAAAGCUGGGAGAUUAUCACUUUAAAAGAGGCAAACCGUCGGAAAAGCACGUGCAGUUAUGAAGAUGAGGAGGAAGAAGAGGCUGUCGAGGAGUUUCUUCCUGAUUUGAAACAGGAAAGCCAUCUGCUGGAAGAAAUGCAUAUUGAGAAGCUGGCCCGACGUCUUCCUGCCCGGGUUCAAGGAUAUCCUUGGCAUCUGGUGUACAGAAUGCAAGAGCAUGGAGCCAGCCUGAAGACAUUGUACAGGAACCUUAGUUCUCUGGACAGCCCAGUGCUCUUGGUUGUGAAAGAUAUGGAUAACCAGGUAUUUGGAGCUUAUGCAACACAUCCAUUCAGAGUCAACGAUCAUUACUAUGGCACAGGCGAGACAUUCCUCUUCACAUUUAGUCCUGAUUUCAAGGCAUUCAAGUGGAGUGGAGAAAAUUCCUAUUUUAUUAAUGGAGACACCGCUUCUUUGGCACUGGGAGGCGGAGGCGGUGGAUUUGGCUUAUGGCUCGAUUCGGAUUUAUAUCAUGGACGGAGUAACUCCUGCAGCACAUUUACCAAUGACAUCUUAUCCAAGAAAGAAGACUUUAUUGUACAGGACAUAGAAGUGUGGACCUUUAAAUAA